AUGGCAAACCUUUCAGUUGUUUAAGUUAAUAUUCUACUAUUAACUCUGCUUUUAAUCAGUAUUGCUUCAGGAUUGUGCUUCAAAUAAUAAUAAAGAAGUGUCGUAAAUGGAGUAUAGUUUAAUCACCCUUUUAUGCAAUCUAUGCUUAUGUUUAUAGGUGAAGCCUUGUGCUUUUUAUGGUUCAUUGGAUACAAGAAAAAAUACAGAGAGUAAUACGCAAAAGAAGCUCAGUAGGCUGCUGAAAAAGGUCUAAAGCUUGAAAUAAACAAAGCCAUAUAUGCUAUACCUACACUUUUCGAUUUUCUAUCAUCAACCGUCAGUUUCUUUGCUAUGAAUAUGAUGCCAUUAUCUAUUUACUAUAUGUUCCGUGGUGCAGGUAUUAUGGUAACAGCUCUUUUCUCUGUUUUAUUCUUAAAGCGUGUCUUAUAUCGUUAAAAUUACCUUGGUCUCUUUCUUACAGUUGCUGGUUUUAUAGUAAUUGGUGUUACUGCUAUCGUUUUAUCAGACUCUAGUCAAGAUAACAACUAAUUAAUUCUCGGCAUCAUUUUGAUUAUAUUUUCUUUUGUUUUCACUUCAAGCUAAUUAGUAUUAGAAGAAAAACUCUUUUCCUAAUACCACUUGAAUCCUUUUGAGGUUGUAGGCUAUGAAGGAUUCUGGGGUAUUUUCAUCACUUGGAUUGCUCUUAACAUCUUCUCCUACAUACCAUGCCCUAGUAACAUGGAUUGUCCUGAUGGAAUGAUGGAAAGUGUCCCUACCUUCUUUAAAACUGUUUUCACAAUGGAAGGAGAUGACUAACCUACUCUUUUAAUUAUGAUAAUUCUCUCAAUUUUCAUUAUCAUGCUAUUAAAUGGACUUGGUCUCUGUGUAACUAAGUAUGCCAGUGCCAUGAGUAGAAGUUUAAUGGGAGUACUCUCACCAUUCCUUGUCUGGAUGAUUACUAUUGGAUUAGGAUGGGAUAAGUGGAAAGUUGGCUAAUUUGUUGGUUAUGUAGUUAUAACUUUUGGUGUCUUAAUAUACAAUGAAAUCAUAGUCAUUCCUUUGUUUGGCUUCAAUCUUAACUUAAAGAAAAAUAUUUUGAAGCGUUAAUAAGAAUUAGAAGCAAUACCAAAAGAAUAAGAACUUGAGAAGAGAGACUCUGAAAAUAAAAAUCUUGCAUCAUCUGAAAACGCAGUAUGA